UGGAUCAUACAAGAUCAAAGAAGUAAUCCAGACUGGUUUUAUUUUCAGGCCAAAGUUGGAAAGUGCAGUACCCUGAAGCCUGGCUUCUUUGACUUUGAAGGACAGAGAAAAUGGCAAGCUUGGAAGCAGCUUGGAGACAUGGAAGCGGAUCAGGCAACGCAGGAGUACAUUUCCUGUGUCAAUGUGUUAGACCCUGAAGGCUACAAAAAGGAAAGACGAGGAGGAGAAAGAAGAACGGGCUUUGGAGCAGCAGUCAGCUCUCUGUACCAGGAGGAGAUGAUCAGGGAAGAGGAUAAGAACAUCUUUGACUACUGCAGAGAAAAUAACAUCGACCACAUCAGCAAGGCCAUCGUCUCCCAGAAGGUGGAUGUCAAUACUAAAGACGAAGAGGGCCGAGCUCUGCUGCACUGGGCCUGUGACAGAGGACACAAGGAGCUGGUUUCGGUAUUAUUGCAGCACAAAGCCGACAUCAACAGUCAGGAUAAUGAAGGACAGACAGCGCUACAUUAUGCAUCGGCUUGUGAGUUCGCCGACAUCGUGGAGCUCCUGCUGAACGCCGGAGCCGACCCGUCCAUCAAAGACAUGGAAGGCUCUCUCCCCGAGGAGGUCACCGAAUCCAGCGCCAUCUCCUCUCUCCUGCGUCAGCACACGGCGCCCAAAGGCUAGAUGGCCCGUCUUCCAGCACGUCUCUUCUCCACUCAUUUGCUCUUCUCCAUCCCUCUUUAAUCCCUGAAGAGACUCUGUUCAUCCCCAGCAGUUAGUAAACCAGGAUUGCUGCUAGAAUUGUAUUUAAUUUUAUUUCCAAAUACUUGAGGCGAGUUUGAUUUCGUUGGCUUAGCUCUUUGGAACUACAAGGUGUAGCGUUAGCCCUUCGAUUUGAUAAGACAUAUGAAACAAAGAAGGACACAUAUAUGUUCAAAUAUACUGUAUAUUGACUUUAUAUGCCCAGUAGUGUUGAGUGAUAUGACGGUUACUGCGAGCUGGUAGAGAUUUUGCUAUACUGAGGUAGUUAUACCUUAAAUAUCUCUUGCUGUAUGUUGCGAUGUUGCAAAUCAAUGAGCAGGACUGCUUAUUGGCAAUAUUGGAAUGAUAGGAUUUGUGCAUUAUUGUGAUGAAAUAUCUGGAUUUGCCGCCAGGUGUUUAAGUCACCGGACGAACCAAAAACAAACAUUCCCAUCCACUUAUUUUAUCUGGUAUGAAAUUCCCAAACAUUCAUAGAAAUAAAAUAUUUUAUACAUAUCGCCCACUCCUACCGCCCAGGUCUGCCAAUCAACCAGUCAGGGUCAGUCCUCUCUGACCAUUUGUUCAUGAUUUAGUCGUUACGUUCAAGGAAUGCUUUAAUCAUUUGUCACAUUAAAGUCUUCAACAAAUCCUUUC